UUAGCAACUAGCUGACUUCACUAGCAACGCAGACGCUUCAGAAAGAACGCGCCCAUUGUUUGCUUGCUUAAGUUUCUUUCGACAUCAUGGACGCAACAGCCAAGCCCCUGCGAAUCCCCCCUGAAAUGCGAACCUAUGCAGAGCAGCAUAGCAUCUUCGAUUUGAUACAGGCGAUGAUGAAAAGACUGCUGGUGGAGAAGCCAGAGGACCCCAUAGAGUACCUGAUUGAUCUCUUGAAGAACAACAGCAUUGAAGUUCCAAGGAUUUUCGUGUUAGGCCCGCCAGCUUCUGGGAAAAGGACAGUGGUGAAGCAGCUUUGCAAGCACCUCGGAGCCUCCCGCAUCAGCACAGAGAGCUUGCUGAGGGAGGAGAGUGACCUGGUCAAGGAGGCCUUGGAGUACAAAGCAAAUCAACAGGAGAUUCCCAGCAUGCUGUGGAUCAACCUGGUCCAGCAGCGCCUGUCAAAGAAGGAUUGCAUCAAACGGGGCUGGGUUUUUGAAGGUUUUCCCAAGACCCGCGAGCAGGCUUUCCGACUGCAGGCAGCAGGCAUAGCGCCGGAGCAUGUGGUGCUGCUGGAUGCCCCAGACACAGUCCUAAUUGAGAGGAACCUGGGGAAGAGGAUUGAUCCCGUCACUGGAGAUGUGUACCACACAUCCUUCGACUGGCCCAGCAGUGAACAUGUGGAGAAGCGGCUGGUGGAGGCGGAUGGGAUCUGGGAGUCUGAGACGGUCGCCGGUCUGCUGGAGUACCAGAGGAACAUCAAAGGACUGGAGAGCACCUACAGCACCGUCUCCAGAGUCAUCAACGCAGACCAGCCCAGCAUCGACGUCUUCUCACAGGUCCUGACCUUUGUGCUGAGCCGGCAUCGAUCCGUAGCCCCCCACACUCCACGGAUCCUCCUGCACGGACCCCCAGGCAGUGGGAAGAGUCUCCAGGCAGCACUAAUAGCUCAGAAAUACAACAUUGUCAACAUUUGCUGUGGGCAGGUUCUGAAGGCGGUGGCAGCAGAUGAAACAAGUCAAGGAGAGCUCAUUAAACCGGGCCUGGAAACCGGACAACAAGUGCCUGACAGCACGGUGCUGAAGAUCCUGACUGAGCGCCUCAGUAGACUGGACUGCACCACCCGCGGCUGGGUCGUGCAUGGCUGUCCUCGCAACCUGGAGCAGGCAGAGAAACUCAACAGUGCCGGCUUCACGCCAAACAGGGUGUUUUUCUUGGAUAUGCCUGAUGAGGUCGCUGUGGAGAGGGUGACUUUCAGAAUGACCGACCCCGUCACAGGCCAAAGGUACCACUCCUUGUACAAGGCGGCCCCCAGCCAGCAGAUCCAGGACCGGCUGCAGGUGAACCCGCGGGACUCAGCUGAGAGUCUGCAGCGGCGUCUGGACCUGUACCGAACCAACCUCCCGGAGCUGCAGGAGCUGUACAGCGACGCCAUCUACGUCAACGCUGACCAGGACCCCCACGCCAUCUUCGAGUUUCUGGAGAGCCACAUCGUCAACCGGCUGCCCAAGCCCCUCUCCCACAGGUGGACUCCAAGCUCUUCGGACUGAGCCGGGCAUAGGGACUGACAGGGAGAGGGCAGACAGACGCGCACGCAGAGCUUAUUCCACUCCGGUACGGUCUCUUUGCUACAGCAAGGCUGUUUCAUGCAAAACACUUAUUGUUGACGGCUUGCUGUUAGUAUUUAACAAAAUUUGAGUUAAUUUGUAAUUACUUUGGAAUUCCAGACACUGCUUGUAAAGCAAAUAACCAAAUAAACAAAAUGUAUACAACUUGGAUUUAGGUUUUUGUACAAAAGUGUCAAAAGCAUGUCCAACCUUUUCAGUCAACUCUAGCGAGUCACUGUGGAGGCACUGCUAGAUCAAGCAUGUCCAGGACAAGCCCUAACUCCCACAGGACAGCAGCUCUGCCACUGCGUUUACUGUUCUGUUCAUGCAUUUGAACCACUUGCCCACCUACACAAACGUUAGCCUGCUUUCUGCCUGCGUAGCUAUUCCCCUAUUCACCAGAACAGAACCCUAGUUAAUUAGAAGUUUGUUUAAUUAAUGUAGCAGUAAAACGCAGGCUGCUCCUGCCUUGUCGUGGGUAUGUAUUAGUUCCACCUCAGUAGUCUCAUAGACACUGCAGCAGCUCCACUCUGGUUAUUGACAUCUCCCCACUCUGCUGCACGCAGUCGCGGGUCAGUGGCCAUCUCCCACUGGGCCUGGAGAGUUGAGUGUAACGGUUAGAGGAACGUGUUAACAGCCUUGUUCAACUCCCCUUAGAUAAGCCUACAACCGACUUAAUUACUGCAAAUGAGUGACAGGAUAUGCAUGCCUUUUGAAUACUUAAAUAAAAAAUGAUUAAUUUAAAAAGAUAAAAAAAAAUGUUUAUGUUAAAUCUCUGUUGCUGUAUUAAAUUAUAUAUAUAUAUAUAUACACACAUACAUAUAAAAUAUGUUCUUAAACCGAAAACUG